AUGUCUCACAGAAAAUUCGAAGCCCCCAGACACGGCUCCCUCGGUUUCAGACCCAGAAGAAGAACAAGACAUCACAGAGGUAGAUGCAGAUCUUUCCCUAAGGAUGAUCCCUCCAAGAAGCCCCACUUGACCGCUUUCACUGGUUUCAAGGCUGGUAUGACCCAUAUCUUGAGAGAAGUCGACAGAUCUGGUUCCAGACACAACAAGAAGGAAGUUGUUGAAGCCGUUACCGUCAUCGAAUGUCCCCCCAUGACCAUCGUCGGUGUCGUCGGUUACAUUGAUACCCCCAGAGGUCUCAGAGCUUUGACCACCGUCUGGGCUAAGACCAUCGAUAACAACACCAAGAAGAGAUUCUACAAGAACUGGGCUAACUCUAACAAGAAGGCUUUCACUCAUCACGAAAAGAACUUCGACCAAAAGGCUCAAGAUCUCCUCUUAAAGAGAAUCGAAAAGUACUGCUCUGUCGUCAGAGUUAUUGCUCACACCAACAUGAGCAAGCUCAACCUUAGACAAAAGAAGAACCACAUCCUCGAAAUCUAAGUUAACGGUGGUAAGGUUGCUGAAAAGGUUGCUUUCGCCAAGAGCUUAUUAGAAAAGGAAGUUAAGGUUGACUCCAUCUUCGCUGAAAACGAAAUGCUCGACGUUUUGGGUGUUACCAAGGGUAAGGGUUUCGCUGGUGUCAUCAAGAGAUUCGGUGUUAAGCAUUUACAAAAGAAGACCCAUAGAGGUUACAGAAAGGUCGGUUGUAUCGGUGCAUGGCAUCCUUCCAGAAUCAGAUUCACUGUCCCCAGAGCUGGUCAAUUGGGUUAUCACCACAGAACCGAAACCAACAAGAAGGUUUACAGAGUCGGUAAGGGUGAUGAUGCUUCCAAUGCUUCCACUGCUGGUGAUGUCACUGAUAAGGCUAUCACUCCUUUGGGUGGUUUCCCCCACUAUGGUGUCGUCAAGAACGAUUUCAUCAUGAUCAAGGGUUGCUGCGUUGGUCCCAAGAAGAGAGUUCUUACUUUAAGAAAGUCCAUUAUUCCUCAAACCCACGGUGCUGCUAAGGAAAUCAUCAACCUUAAGUUCAUCGAUACCUCUUCCAAGAUUGGUCACGGUAGAUUCCAAACUGUCGAAGAAAAGGACAAAUUCUUCGGUAGAGACAGAACCAAAAAGGUCGAAGCCAAGAGCGAAUGA